AAAAAUCGUAUUCUUCCAUUUUGAACACGGGGGCAGCGUCAGGUCAAUUUCUACCCAGAGAAUUGACUGCUAAUUAAAAUAGAUAAUGCAUUAAUUUUGUUAGGGUAACUCCGGUCAGCUUCACAUUGCUCUUCAGCGGAGCAUGCUUACCUUCGCAUUAGUUUGCGUAAUUCCCUUGAUGGCAUCAAUCAUCGCAUAUUGCUUUGCAGGAAUAGCUAAUCUGCUUUGCUAUUAAAAUGCCAUUUUGCGGACUUCCCCGUCUGCUGUCUUCCGUGAGUCUUUAACCUAGUGCCGAUAUUUUUAAGUGUUCUUAAGUUAUUAAAGUGCGUUUAGUUUGUCAUGGAGUACGCCAAAGCUUUGGUUCCACACUUUGUGGCUAGGAGAAUGUCGCUGGUCAGCAUGUUCCUCACCCACGGGCUCUCCCUCUUGCCACCUCGGCCCUUCAGGGUUUGUACAUAUGAUCGGGCACAAAGACGGGCCGUGACUGCAACCUCCUUGGAUGAUCUGGUCCAUAAGGUGAGGGCUGCUUUACUGCUCUCCUGCCAGUUCCUGACCCUGACCCUAGAAGAGGACGGCAGUGUCAUCGACACGGAAGACUUCUUCCAAUCUCUGCCCAACGAUGCAGAGAUCAUGGUGCUGGAAAAGGGACAGACAUGGAGCCACAUCAAGGAUAUGUCUGUAAAAACGCUGAAGAGAAAUGGAAUAGCCAAGGUGACCUUUGACCUGUACAAACUGCACCCAAAGGACGUCAUUGGCUGCCUGAACAUAAAAGCCAGGCUAUAUGAUGCCUAUACCAUUUCUUAUGACAUUCGGUGUACAAAGGCCAAACACCUGUUUGUAUGUGCACUCUGCUUCCUGGCACGGAUGGCUGCUGGGGUGGCCCAUCUCCUCCUGUGUGGCUCGUCCUCUGUGUUGCAGUACUUUGAACAUGACUGACCCCUGCUGGAUGUGCUUCGCUGGCUCUUCCAAUGGUUUAGCGUAAUGGCCAAAGCUUCUUGGUUGAGACUUGCAGUGGAGUGGUUUAGUUAACUCUGCAAGUAUCACUGUGAAUUAUUUAAAAAAUCCACACUUAAAACCUCCGAUUUUAACUUUAAUAAAUGUCAGCUGAUUGUGUAAUAAAGCAGAAAUUAAGUGGGA